UGGAGAUCGACCUGAUGUUAAUGAAUGUUUAAAUUACCAUAUCACUUACUAUGAAAAAUUGAGCCGUUCUUUACAAAAAUCUAUAAAUGUAUAUAAGGAAUAAAGUUCCAUUAAUCUAUAUUGACGUUCUUAAUCAACAAACUAAUUUCUCCGGAAUCUUAUUUGCAAUUUACGACAGCUACAAAGAAUUAAGAGAAAUCUUGUUGCUGACGGCGCGAGCCUCCGUAGUCUUCAUCGAUUAUUCCACGCAGUGCAGAACGAAAUAUCGACAAAAUGUAUCUCAGUAUUUAAAGCAUGAAAUUGUACAAGACAAACCAAUAACAUCGUAUCGUGUCUUAGGGGGAUUUCAUAUUCAUUUUGUAUCGUAUUGAAAACCAUUGCAGGCGUUCGGAGUAUUAUUGCAAAGAAAGAUAAAGACAGACCUCUUUCAACAAGACAUGUUUUGACAACCAACAUGUUGCAUGUAGUUGUGACGUCAGUGUGUAUCAUUUCCGCGUUCCAUGGCGUUUUGGGCAUUAUAAGUGUAAUUGUUGGCAUAAUAUCAAGCAUCAAAGCGGAAGUCUGGCUAGCCCAUAGUGUUUCACCAAUUUGGAGUGGAAGUUUCUUUAUCAUCACUGGAAUCCUGGGGAUAUUUUGUGCCAGACGUAAAACGUCAUAUGUGAUAAUGUGCUUUACAGCUUUCUCUGUAGUUUCUAUGGUAGUUUCCGUUGUCAGCAUACAGUUACUUCGCCUUGGUCUUGUCAAUCACACUACAGACGGACAUACGUUCCAAAAACAGAAUAAAGACACUCUCAUUAUAAUCGCACUCGCACUUGCCGGAAGUGAAAUUCUCGUCUGCUUGUUAUCAACGCUGCUGAGUUGUCGUAUGGCAAAGGUUGCUAAAGAAGAACUUUGUAAACGAAGAGAAGGAAUGUUUCAUGUCAAGAAUGACGCAGACGAAAACGACAAUGACGUCAUGUAUGCAACACAGGGGUUUGAUGACGUAAUUAUGAUCGGAAAGGGAGAUAAUGAACUUCAAGUGUUUGAUGAAGUUUGCAUUACUGGAAAUGUAGAUAAUAACUGUACUAAUGCAAAUUCUGUAUAUGAGGAAAAUAAGCAAGGACCGACCCUUGAUUUUAUGAAACUGCCAGUGACUUUGUCUGAAGGUCGGCAAAUGCAAAUAUUUAGUGUUUUACAAAAUAGCGAAGUCAUACACAAUAAUCCCCGACCUGAAACUUGACAUUAGAAUGAAUGUUUUACAAUGGUGCUCUCCAGAUCAACUAAAGUGUGCAUAACACAACAGUCAUUGUUGCUUAGCAAUUGACGAUCUUCUGUUUUAGGAUAGAAGAACAUGGUGCGUGACUGUCAAUGGUGCUUCAUGAAAUAGAAUCGUGUUAGAAACAUACAUUGCGCAAGAGUGGCUAGCAUAAUUAAUUAAGUGCAUUUCCUGAGUGACAUGAAUGCAAUGUUACUUGUUCAAGGAUGAAAUUAGUUUAAAUGAACUCUCUCAGAGUGUAGCUGGUUUAGAUAACUUAUUCUGAAUGUAACUCCGAGACUCUACUUAAAAUGAUGUAGUUUGUUUCUGUAUGAAAUUAGAUCGGAUGAAAGUUUAAAGUGAAACUUAAAGAAUGAUGUUUGUGAAUUGUAUGUACUGAGUCAUUAGUAAACAUGACCAUUUACAACAAAGUGAAGUCAAAGCUGAAAAGCAGAAAGGACCAUCUAUCAUAUCACGUCAACUUUCAGUAUUAUCUCAUAACGUUUUGCAGGGAUACUUACUAAUCUUUCACAUGAUAUUUUUAAAGCGGGUCAUUUAAAUGUUUUGCAAAAGUGAAAUCCCUUAAAAAGUAGUAAAACUUGUCUUCUUUUUGAAGACUAAUCUCUGCACAAGUAUAAAAUCAAUAUUCUAACUGAAACAACACGAUCAAAACUAAGAAUAAAAAUGAUAAACCACUUUUUUACAUUUUGCACAAAUAUUUAAGAUACGUUUUAACAUUUUAAAUAUUUAGUGUUAUAUAUACCUUUUAUAUCAAAGUGUAUGACAGUGUGGCUUUAAUGAAGUUAUUGAAUUCUUAGUACUGGCAAUUAUAGUUCUUGAAAAAAAAAACACUCGUAAACAACAAAAUUGAAAAUUCAAGAAUGUUCAUUCCGAUGGUCCUUCUACAUUGACAGCUCACUUGUAUUGUACAUAAUGCUUAUAAAGCUUAUUUGAUUAUUAUUGAACUGACAAUGAUAUUAUCCGUCCAUAAAUCAGGGCUCUGAGAACACUGUUUGUAGCCGAAAAUGGCCUUACAUAUAGUAUAGUGUUAUCCUUUAAAGUCCUUUUUUAAAAGCAGUUACGUUACUAACUCCCUUAAGUUUAUGGUGGACUUGCCUGACGCAUUAAGUCAAUUUAACUAUAAAUUCAAUAAAUUAUAUCGUAUUACAGCAAAGUUUGGAAUGAAAUUAAAACUGUUUGGUAGGAGUAAUGGGUUGUAUUUCCAAACAGAGUGUGCUAAUAGCAUUGUAUCCUGGUGUUAGAAUAUUUUUGUACUAAACAUUAUACACAUAGUGACACGCCUUUACUGAAUAUAUAUAAUAUGGUAUUGAUAUUGCCAUAUUUCUAUAUAUUUACAUGCCUAUAUUUGCCGAUACUAAAAUGUUGAUUGAAAUAAACUGGAAAAUAAAACUGUUGGUAUUCUCUACUUCAUCAGGAUAAC